GUUAUGUCAGCGUAAAUGUCAUUCCGAAGAAUGUAUCCUCCUCGACAAAUUAUGUUCCUCGGUGGCUGCAAGGGCGGCAAUGUAUCCAGUUUUGAUAUCUACUUGGACAGGAGCGGUAGUAUGGCGACAGUGUUUUUGUGUGUGGUUUAUGGUUAACGUUGAAUGAUUCGAACUCAUUGUUACUAGAGUGAUAUUAGUGACUAUAAAUGGUUGCGAAAUUGCAGUUUGUUAAACUCCGCUGAGUCACCGUGAGUUCUGCUGGUGACGGAUGGGCAAUGUGACAUACACAUCCCAACGGCUGGCUGAUAAGGUUUUACAUUAAGAAAAUGAAGGUGAGCCCCAGACCUGCUGAAGGGGGCGCAGUGCCCGGUGUUGUACGAGUUCCUAAACACUCCCACCAUCGAGGUGGUAGGCAGUUGACUCGCAGAUCAGUGACAAAAAUGCUGGCCGUGAUGACAGAGCAGUCCCCGGACUCAAGUAAAGACCCAGUGGAGGCAUUCCUCUCAACAGGCCGGACAGGCCGUCGAAAUGCACUAGCUGACAUCAGAGGUGAGCAUGCUGCCACGAGCACAAGCAGUCUCCCAGAAUGUCUUGAGAAACUAUCAACUAAUGACAAAUCAUCGGACAACUGUGACACCCAAGGCAGUCCUACCAAUUCCAUAAGUGGUUCAUCAUCUAGUUCUGGGGUGAAAUCAGCAGAAUCAGUACCCCUUCAUCAGUCUGAGAAGGGUGCAGGAGGCAUAGAACAAAGUUGAAUCUCAUUGACAGUUCCAUGGAAGGAGCAAUAUUAUGCUUCUGUGUGGAGACUCAGAUGACAGUGUUGCCAGGUUCCUGCUGCAGAUGGAUGUUCUCUCGGUGACCACAGUUGCAUAUUUCUCUUUCCUUUGCUCCUCCUGGAACAUUACUUUGUUUAUUGAUCAGUUGCCAUUUGAAAAAUAGUGUUCAUUGAUCGAUUCUUGGGUUAUUAAGUAAUUCUUUUCAGCUGCGUAGAUUAUAUAGCUUGAAA